GAGACUCGUUCGGCCAUUUUCAUAUGUUUCUAUAGCGUGGUUGUUGGCUACAUAGGUGCAGAAGCAUUCCGGCAUUCAAGAAUACAAAAUUCUCAGUGUAUUAGUUUAUGUAGUAUAUCAUAGGUUAUAUUUCAUUUUAGAUAUACAUCCAGUGUUUGUACAAUUGUUUUGGUUUAUUUUGAUAAUGUCUGAAUAUAAUUCUGUUGCACCUCCUCAACAAUUUAAUAAAAGCCAAGCGUUUGCAGCUGCAUUACAAAGGGCUAAACAGUGAAAACCAACCUUAAGGGGAGGAAGAUAUGAAAAUAAAAUAGUAUUACAGCUGCACAAGAAGUAGUUUUACAGCUGCCCUUCGAUUGCUGCUAAAAUUAACCCUGGUGCUAGUUCCGGAGGGGAUGUUGGUACAAAACGACCGUUGGAUGAAGGGUCAGGUAUGGACUGGACAGAACCUGAUGCCAAGAAAGUUGCUGCCUCUCCUCCUUCUGGACCUCCAAGGCAAUCACCCCAGACAAUGGUUCCAGGUCUAUCUGGGGGAGUUUACACAGUAGAUAUCAAAGUCCCUGACAAGAUGGUUGGACUCAUUAUUGGGCGUGGAGGGGAGCAGAUAACACGUCUUCAGAGUGAAUCUGGUUGUAAGAUCCAGAUGGCCCCAGAUUCAGGAGGUACACCUGAUAGAAUUUGCACACUCACUGGAAAUUCUCAAGCUAUAAGCCGUGCCAAGGAAUUAGUUAAUGCGAUUGUUCAUCAGCGUUAUAAAACUGAGGGUCCGGGAAGUGAUCCUCCACGCAAUGACAUGAUGCCUGGGACUCCACAACCUCAAAGUUCACAUAAUCCAUCAUUUGUGGAAAUAAUGUUACCGGGACCUAAAGUUGGUCUUGUAAUAGGCAAAGGUGGUGAGACAAUUAAGCAGUUGCAAGAAAAAUCAGGAGCUAAAAUGGUGGUUAUUCAAGAAGGUCCGAAUCAAGAAGCAGAAAAACCCCUUAGAAUAACAGGCGACCCACAAAAAGUUGAACAUGCUAAAGCAUUAGUUUAUGAACUUCUUGCGGAAAAAGAAAACCAGUUUCAGGCAAGAGGUGCCAUGAACAGAGGUGGGGGAGCUGGAAGAGGCGGUUUCAGUGGUGGGCGUGGUCCAUUUGGUCAACAGAGGGGUGGUGAAGAAGCCCAAUAUAUUGUACCUUCCAACAAGUGUGGUGUAAUUAUUGGAAGAGGCGGGGAGACUAUUAAACAGAUCAAUCAAGCUACAGGAGCUCACUGUGAGCUGGAUCGCCGACCUAACAAUAAUCCUAAUGAGAAAAUUUUCUUAAUACGAGGAGCACCUGAACAAAUCGAAGCAGCCAAACAGAUGAUUUCUGAAAAGUUAGGACAGGGCCCUCCUGGUCCUGGGGGAUUUCAACCUCAACAGCAGUGGGGAGGACCCCCACAACAACCUUAUCAGCCACCUUACAAUCAACAACCAGUAGAUCCAAAUUUUACAGGUGGUGCUAUACCCAACAUGACUGCUGCUCCUCAAGCUGACUACAGCCAACAAUGGAUAGAAUAUUAUAGGAGCCUUGGCUUGCAUAACGAAGCAGAUGCCAUAGAGCAGCAAAUCAAAGCAAAGCAGGCUGCUCAGGCAGCUGCUGCUGCACAACAGUCACAGCCUACUCCUCAACCUCAGCAAAAUGGAGCAGCACCUGACUACAGUGCUCAAUGGGCUCAGUAUUAUAGGAGCUUAGGAAAAAUUAAGGAGGCUGAAUCAAUAGAACACCAGAUGAAGGCAAAACAACAGGCACAGCAAGGGGGAACCCCAUCAACCGGAGCUCCACAGCCCACACCUCAAGCAGCAGCACCAGCAGCAGGGCAGACACCCCAAUUUCCUAAUUAUUACCCAGGAGGAGGUUUCUAUCCUGGCUACCAAUAUCCAGCAGGUCCUUAUCCAGGCUAUACUCCUACACCACAGGGUCCAGCACCCGGAGAAGCUCAACCUCAGCCUACAGCACAGCAGUGAAGCAUUCUUUCUUAUGGUUUGAAAAAGACCCAUUCAAACUACCACUAAGAGCAUGUUCUGGAAAAUGCUUUGAUGUAGUUACACCAUUUCAUCGCCAGUCAUUCAGGGCAUUGUUAUUAUUCGGCUGGAUAACAAAGUCCUUAGAGGAAAGGAGCAGAUAUAAGGUUGUUGGCCAACUGUUUUGUAUGACUUAUUGUGUUACUUCAGGCCAGCAGCAUGAAGAACCUUGUGGGUGGAUAGGCCAGGAUGUUACUCUAAAGGCAUGGGAAGCCUUCCACUCUUCAUAACUCCAGACAGCUGCCUUGUCAGAUAGACACCAUAUUGAAUUGUUUUUUAAAAUAUUUUAAUUUGUUUUACAUUGUUUGAAUCAUUGUAAAUUAUCAUAGUUAUGUUGAUUGAGGCAAACUCUUUGUAUAUGGGGUUUCCUCCAUAUCUAAUAAAUAAAUAAAUAAAUAACAAUAAUAAUAAUAAAGAGUCUUUGAAUUUUAUGUAGAAGUUAAUUAGGAUGAGAUAAAUAACAGAACACCUAAAAUCUUUAGGUGAGGAAUAAGCACAAGAGAGGGACUAAUAGAAUAUGAUAUCCAUUAUUACCUGACCUGGUAAGAACAUACUCUUAUCUAUCAUUGUGACAAGACAACUGAAUAAGUAGAUAUCUUGUAAAAAAAUCUUUCAGUGAAAAAGUCAUCUAUGUAUAGAAAGGACUUUUAUAUUUCCUGGUAGUUCAUUGAUAUGAUUUAUGAAAAUGAAAAAUAAAAUUUGUGAGAGAACUCCUUGUUCCCAGGAUUCAAUAUCUUUCCUGGUUGGACCAGUAAAUGUGCUACAAUAUGGCUCAGGGCCAAUUAGCAUUGUUUCUGAGCCCUUCCUUACCAACUUAUCAGCUAUUUCAUUGCUUUCUAUUACUUCAUAUUCAGAGGUCCAAAUUAGGGUAUUAUGUUGCCCCGUGUUAAUUUCUUUAAGAUAUAGAAACAAUUCCAGGCUAACCAUGGUGUGAAUAUGUAAUAAUUUAAAGCCUUUAGUGCUGCCUGGCUGUCUGAUUCUUUUUCCUUUAGGAUGGAAUUUCCUCAAAUUUAAAUGGUCUAAAACAGGUAUUUCUAUAUUGUGAAUUUCAGUUGGGAGACCAUUGGGUAUGAUUACAUAGCAAUGGUUUUUCUACAGUUAGAUCCUAAUAUUUCUGUCCCUGCGUUUUCUUCUUUUAAUGAACUAUCAGUAUAACAAACCAAUGCUCAAAUUUCAGACAUCUUUCUUUCCAUAUCUUCUUAUCCGAUAUAAUAAUUUUGAUAUUUUUCUCAAAGCCAAGUUUUUUUUUCUAAAUAAUCGUUUAUUCAUUGUUUUCCCUUUAGUUAAUUAAGAAUUUUUAAUACCCUUUUUAGUCUCUUGGUUUAUAAUUCCAUAUGAGCUGUAAUCUCAUUGCAUUUACUAAAGGCUCUUUCCGAAUCCAAAUGAGUAAUGGAGUUAAGUUCAGCUUAACAUCCAUGGCUGCUUUGGAGCAUGUUCUAAUUGUUUUAGUUAUUUCUAAGCAAGCUAUCCUCAGAACUUUUUUCAGCCUCAUUUCUCUCUUUCCUUUAUUUUUGUCUACCCAGUGAUUGGUGGAUAGGUUAUCAUAGUUCAAACAACUCCAGUAUUUAACAAUUCCAGAAUUUUGAGUUUUCACUUUAUUUUUUUCAAAUUAACUUUGGUUAGUCAAUAGUGAAGUAUGAAAUUUUUCUAUGAUCCUGUUUAUUUGGAAAUUCCAAUUGAGUUUUUGAUCUAGGAUUACUCCAUGACCUUUAACCUCAUUUGAUAUGCUAAUAUGUUUUCCUUCCAGUGAAAGGGUUCUAUAUUUAGCUUCCUUUUCUCAGAUAAGGGUACAAUAAUGGUCUUGUUUUGAUUGAUGCUUAGUCUUUAUUAAUGGUAUCAUUUUCAUGUAAUUAUUUAGGCUUUUUUCAUUUGUUCCAUUAAUAUUGUUUUAUGUUUGCUUCUUAUAGCUAGGUCUUCAGUUUACUCUAUAAUAUCUAAACUUUCGCUGUUUAGUUUGUUUAGGAGACUAUAAACUACAAUGGUCCACAGAAGACAGUGAAAGACCCCUUUUGUCGCUUUCAUUUUGACCUUUGUUUCUCUUAUUUGAAACUUUUUUUUUUCUUUUUUCUUAUGCCAUAGUCAUUGGUCAUUCAACCAUCCUACAUCUUGCUGCCCAGUAUAAGUUUGAUUUUUUUAUAUAAUGAUUCACAUAUGUUUUAUUUCUUAUGUCCGUCAAAGUAGGACAUUUGUCUAAGUGGUCACCAUCCAUUUUUGCUUGUUCACAUAAUUUACACCUAGGAUCCUCAGCCACGCCUAUCUUGUGGAGAUGACUUUGUAGAUAGUCGUGACCAGUGGUCAGGUGGAAGCAGGCUACUGCAUCUCUUCUUGGUGGAUCUGCUGGGAUUGGGUUUUCCACCAAACAUCCCUAACGCCUCCCUUCCACAUUGUCUUUGUGCAUAUUUUUUGUAUCCUCCUUCACUAUCAUCCUCACCAUUCAUCGAAUUGAAUCGCAAGAUUUUGGAUGGACUGUUUGAGGCAAUUCUGCUCCUCUCCUGGCAAGACUAUCCGCUUCCUCAUUUCCUGGAAUACUGCAAUGGCUCACAAUCCACUGUAGGACCACAUUGGUGCCUCGGAGUGUUAGAUCGUAUAGAAGGGAUUUGCACUCCAAGAUAGCACUCGACAGACAUUUAUUAAUGUCAGUAAUAGCGAGGAUUGCUGCUUGGGAGUCGACAAAGAGAACAGCGCUCUGAACUUGCCUCUUGAUAGUGUUCUUUGGGCAAUGAGGAUCGCUGCUAUCUCACCGUCAAAAUUUGUACCAUCCUCACCCACCACAGCACUGAACUGAAACUCUCUCAAGUGAACUCCUCCCCCAGCAUUUUUAACGGCUGAUUCAGCUGAUCCAUCGUUGUAAAUGUGAAGCCAAUCCUGAGGAGGGUACUUUUGAGCUAUAGUUUCUAGUUUCUUAUUUGAAACUGUUAUGCUUCUAUUUAUCAAUAUUUCUUUGAUCCCAGAGAUGGUAGUGGAACUAGCUCUUGUUCUCCUCAUAAUGUUUUCUAUGGGAUCAUGUGGGGUAUCUUCAAAAGCAGCCCCUAUAUCCUUAAAUAAAGUUAGUGUGAUUACUUUAUUAUUUAUUCAAUUUUCUAUCCUUUAAACAAUGUUGAUAUUUUUUACUUUUCAGCUUGGUACACAAAUCAAUAUGGAUUUAUUGGUGUGUUUUUAUUAAUAAAUCUCUUAUUUUUUUGUUAUUAUUUGAUCAGGAAGAACUGAAAGAAUAAAAAUUUCUUUGAAGUAUAAAAUAUAUAUAUCAUCUAAGCAUUUAAUAAUGUCCUCUAUUUUUUCUAAUUUAAUUGGUAAUAUAUUUAAAAUUAUUAUGAUUGUUUUCUUCUGCAGUAUGUUGAUGGAUAACAUAUUUCCACAACAUGAUACAGCUUUCUUAGAUGAAUACUUAUCUGAUUCACCUACAAAUAUGGCUGUAUUAAUGAAUAUUGUGAAGUGAAAAUGAUUUUAGAUUUUUUUUUUCUUUUGGUUGAUAUACCAUAUAUCUUUUUUUAUUGUUUUAUGUAAAUAUAUAUAAUAUCUGAA